AUGACGGAGCGGCAGGAGCGGCCUCCGCCUUGUCACGCUGCGUGCUCAUCACACGUACUUAUGUCGCUUUUUCCAUUUAUCACAUAUGUUGUGCUCCCCGCAGGUGUCCUCGCACUUGUGGAGGUGGGAGAUGCAUACCUUCUACUAUUCCUUGGGCAUGUGCUGUUGGCCAUAGGCGCAGUUGAGUGGAGCUGGUUAGCUUUUCGUAUUUGCCAGCGGCUUUUACUUGCAGUAGUUUUGCAUGAGGAAGCGCUCGCGGUUUCGGCAGCAACAGCGACUGGAGCCGUAGCAGACGAAAUUGGUCAGUCACAUCGGACACAACAGACACAAAAUUUUUCGGUAGAGAAUGAAGAAAUUAGAAGAUUACGUGCCCUCGAAGAACAAUCGCUACGAAGAGAAGAUCUAAAUGAGAGCUACACACUGUUGCUGAACGAGACCAUGCGUGCUAAAAGCUUUGCCAUUGCGCCGUUGACGAACAGGGUGUGCAGCGGACGGUGGUAUCUCGGCUCCUUUGUACUGGCCACAGUAGGCGCUGGGGUAAGCCUUUCAUUGGGAUAUGCUUUGGAGACCACAGUGUUUGAAAGCAAAAGUCCCGCCUCAGGCUGGAGGAUGAUGGUUGCUGCGUCUGUAGAAGCAGCGUUCGUAUCUAUUUUCUGUAGUUCUUUAGCACCUUCUGGUGCUGAUGCUCUGGUGCUUGUCGUAUAUCAGGCCUGUUUCCUUGUAGCAAGUAUGAAUGCUUAUUUAAAGCUUCAUGUUAACGUCAUUACCUCCGACGCACAGCUGGAUCCGCUGUUCAUUAUUCUGGCAGGCGCGAUCAUUAUUAUUGUGUCCCGUGUUGUGACAAGCAAGGUUGUUAUACAAAGUUUGCUGCACGUGAUGUGCGAUGUACUCGGUCUUGUCUGUAUUGUGUCCCCGCUCAUCGCUUUCGUAGACUUGAUCGACCAGACAAUGAAUGAUCAAUUUCGAAAUCAAUUUGCGCUUUUCUUACUCGUGGUGUUGGCUGCAGACGUAGGAAAUUGUCUUGCUAAACAGUUGCAGCUUCGCCGGCCAGAAGUAUUUAAAUAUUGUCGCAAUUCACAGCUUAAAUUUGAAGCCACAACGGAGGAUUUGGAAGCUCUUUUGAUCUCGCUGAUGUGCGGAGCUACAAUGAUCGCGAUUAUUUAUUUGGGAUUGAAUGGCGAAGAUUAUACCACCGUGGAAGUAAUUGUUCUCAUUGGUGCCAUUACACUCGGACAAUGGUGUCGCUUGUGGAUGGUACAUGUAAGGCAAAUGGCCAAAGUUUCCACCUCAGCCUUCUACUUUCCCGAAGGAAGCCAGACGUGCGGUGUGCUUGAUCGAAUGACCGUGUUUCUCGUGGCUAUUAUUGUCUAUUAUCCAUACAUCAAGCAAAAAUAUUUCUCGUAA